CAACAUGGCGUCCGGAAUCUGUUACCCCAUUGUCCGAAGGGAUGAAAGUGCUGGAAAUGAUUAUCACGGCACGAAGAUUUGCGAUCCUUACGUUUGGUUAGAAGACCCAGACUCGGAAGAAACGAAAUCCUUUGUAGAACAGUAAAAUGCUAUUGCGAUGCCAUAUUUAGCAGCUUGUGAGACGAGAGAAAAUUUCAAGAACAGGUAGGAAUGAUGGCUUUGUUUAAGGACUGAGAUCACAUUAGAGAUCAUUAAUCUGCGCUCGAUCGUGUUGUUUUGCUCAAAGUCAUAUCCUAAGAAUGUCAGUUUGCAAUGAAAAUAAAUCGUCACUCCGAACAAAUGUAGGAGAGUUGGGAGUUUUUUUUCCUACUUGACCGGCGAGCGUAGAGUCUCUCGUGCGUUCAGAAUGACACAUGGAAAAGAAAGGACUCAAAUAAAAGCAGGUACCAUAGUGAACCUUACCAGGUAUCAAAUGGAUUUCGUUAUGUAGUCUUUAAGACACCAUCUCUAGAAUUACUUAUUUACUUCCCUAUUUAUGAAUCUUUUUUGGCAUUAUGUUAUUUAUUUAUCCUCUCCCUUAAAUUCAAAUGAUUAUCUGCAUUAUAUUUACUUUUAAUUUUGUUUUGUUUAUUUGUUAUUUCAUUUUUAAUUUUUUUUAAAGCAAAAUUGUCUUUGGAUAAGGCAAUUUUACAUCCUACUUAUGAAUGUGCAAUAUGUGGGCAGGAAAUAAAUUGUAUGAAGUAGUGUUGUGUGUUGAGAUGUUUCAGUGGCUCAGUUGAUUCUGUUAGUACCUGUUGAUUUCAGGCUAACUGAGAUGUGGGACUAUCCGAAGUAUGGCUGUCCAUUCAAAAAAGGAUCAAAGUACUUUUACUUGCAUAACUCUGGUCUGCAAAAUCAAAGGUGCAGUAUCUAAGGGGCAGAGGUCUUUGUUUGUUGCUCAUAAAAUGCUUGAAACCUCUUCAAAAAAAAAAAAAAGAAAAAGAAAAAAAAAAGAUGAAAACAGGUAAUUUUUCCAUGCAUUGUGCAUUUCGCCAAUGGAAGGACAAUAUCCCUAUAGACCUACCAAGUACAUUUUUCAGUUAAAAGUACAUUUGCUUGAAGCUAAAUUCUCAUAAUCCAACAUUUAAGAGUUUUUCUUUGAGCAAGAUUUACAUUGAUUACUUGUGACUGAUUUAUUGAUAUUGAUCAGGUUAAAUAAGUGAGAGGUAGAAGUGAAUUAAGAUUGAUUAUGCAAAAUGUCUCAGGAGCAUAAAAUGUGAGGAUGUGAGGCCUUACUUCAGUAAAAAUAUCCCUGUCUCUCCUUAACCCUUCAACUCCCAAGAUCUCAUUAGUAUACACCUUAUUACAAGUAAAUGACAUAUCAUUAAAUUGGCAACUUUUGGUCACCAAAUUUAUUUAUACUCGCUAUGCCAACCAAAACAGACCAAGCUCAAGAGUGCUGGUUAACCCUUUCACUCCCAAGAUCUGAUUAGUAAUUCUCCCUACUGUCUGCCAUACAAAUCUUAUGAUGUUAGUUCGGAGCAUUUGGUAUAGGAUCAAGUAAUAAUCCCCAAAUUGAUAUUUUUCUUUGUUCUCAUCACCUGUCUGCUUGAUAUUGUAUAAAUACUGUGAGGAGAAAUUCUGUCUUGGUCACUCAUGGGAGUUGAAGGGUUAAUAACUGGAAUAUUGACUAAGUUUGUCAUGUAUAUGUACACUCAGUGAAAAGUUUGAACCAAGGAAAAACAGUUGACUGUGUGGUCUGAUUGUUCAGGUUACAGUAAUUCCUUAUAACAACUGUUGUCUGUGCUAGUGAAAAGCAGAACAUGAGGCAUUUUCAGAGUCAAGAGUAACAAAGUUAUAGAUCUCUUCCAACACUCUAGAAAAUAUGUAUAAGAUACAUGUCUUUUUAUCCUUUGCUAGAUACUUGAUUAACCAUAUCAAUGUGUGAUUUAUAUAUCAGUACAUUAUAGUGUUCUGUAUGUCCAAGACUCUUUGGAAAGUGAAGCACAAGUAUUUCUGGACCCCAAUAAACUGUCUGAAGAUGGUACUAUGGCAUUGGCUAAAAGAUGUUUCUCUGAUGAUGGAGGGUUCUUUGCUUAUUCUUUGUCAAAUAAGGGAUCGGAUUGGGUCACCACAGCAUGCUUGCACGCAGAGUUUACAAAUCAACACCCUGAACUGGGUCUGUUUUGGUUGUAAAUUUUGGUGACCAAAAGUUGUCAACUUAGUGAUCUGUCAUUUACUUGUAGUUAGGUGUAUGAUUCUCAUUGGUUUGUGUUUUACUUGUCUCAAGUCAUAACGAGAUAGUCAUUUGCAUAAUAUCAAAAUGAAUGCUUUACAGUUUUCUUUAUGAAAAAAAAAGUUUACUAAAAUAAACUCUUUGGUGACCAUGUCAUGAUGUGAGGUUCCCACAUGGCAAUUUUGAAAAAAGUUGUGGUUGGAGCACAUUUAGUGCCUUCAUAAGGACAAGUAAUGAUAAUUAUGUAGAAAUUGGUGAAGGUCUGAUUUCCUUCUGAAACUUUAAUCUUCCUAGGUCUAAAAGUUACUCUGGAUGAAAUUAUUACAGACUAACAUAAUAACCAGCUCCCAGUUGGUUUGUUAACUCGGUUGAUAGAGCUCUGCAUUAGAAUUGCAGAGGUCAUGGAUUCAAAUCCCGUACAGGCCUAAAUAUUUUUCAGGCAUUGUUUUCACUACAGCUGUAGUAGUGUUCACUACUGCGAAGAUUACCUUCAUAUUCAUUUCUUAAACUGUGUUUCACAUAAAUGAUUUUUAUUUCACAAUCAUAUAAGAAAUUUUGCUGUCCCCAGUGCAAGGCAGUCGUAACUAAAGAUUAAAGUGUAAUUAUGUAUACAUUUUUAUUUUUUAUUCUAAGCAAAAAUUUGUGGAUUCAAUUUUGCUCUUGCUUUUCCUCUCCCAGUUUAUGAAGGUAGAUGGUCAAGAACAGUUGCCAGACACUUUAGAGAAUGCAAAGUUUACAAGCAUGGCUUGGACAAAUGAUAACAAGUGA